AUGGUCGACUCCGCCGACGAGCCUCCGCUGUCAAGUCGUCUAUACUCAUGGGCUAAGACCAAGACUCCCUUCAUACAGAAGUCCCCUAUCCUCCCUCAAACAGAGCCCAAGACUUCGGGCCACUCUAACCCGGCGUACGAUCAAUCAGGUAGCCAUCGACACGAUGCUGGAAACAGCCCCUCUGCAGCUGGUCCUGCAACAAAUACAGACCACCUUCGAAAUGGAGGAUCGGAUACAGGCCAUCAAACUGCAUCAGUUGUGGACGAGAAAGGAGAAGGAACGCAAUCUUCCGCCAUAGGGACUACUCCUCCCAAGGGCAAGGCGCCCUUGGUCAACCGAUUCUUCCGCGAUGUUAAGCGCAUCCUCUUCUCCAGCUGGGUCAACUGGCUUCUCGUCUUUGUGCCCGUUGGCAUCAUACUGGGCAUCUUAGUCGACUGGGUGCACACCGACGUAGUGAGUCCCAGCGCCGUAUUUGCCGUGAAUGCAGUGGCAAUCAUCCCUCUCGCAUCGCUUUUGUCGUAUGCGACCGAGAGCGUCGCCAUCAAAUUGGGCGACACCAUUGGAGCUCUACUCAACGUCACCUUCGGUAACGCCGUGGAGCUGAUCAUUUUCAUCAUCGCUCUGGCUGCGAAGGAGGUGCGCGUGGUUCAAGCCGCGGCUCUUGGGUCCAUUCUCUCCAACCUCUUGUUGAUUUUGGGCAUGUGUUUUGUUGCCGGCGGUCUGCGGUUCCGAGAACAACUGUACAACUCGACAGUGUCCCAGAUGAGCGCGUGUCUACUGUGCUUGAGUGUCAUCAGUCUUCUACUUCCGACAGCCUUCCAUGCCUCCUUCUCGAACACUGCCAGAGCCGAUCAGGUGGUGCUGAAAGUCUCGCGAGGUACAAGCGUGGUCUUGUUGCUGGUCUACGUCCUCUACCUGCUCUUCUCGCUGAAGUCGCACUCCUUCAUGUAUCAGAGCACGCCCCAGCACCUUAUCGACGAGGAGUCACAUCCUGGAGUUCUCGCUGAGAUCUUAAACUCGUCCAGCUCUUCGAGCGACUCGUCCAGUUCCAGUUCCAGCGAAACUGACUCAAGCUCCAACUCGAACACAACCACGAAGCGCAUCAAACGUGCUCUCCGCCGCAAGCGCCGCAAGUCAACGUCUAGUACAAAGGACAAUACCUCUCUUCCGACCUUCACUAGAAGUUCCUCGGUUCUCACCGGUCAUGGGGGUUCGAUGAUGACCGGGGUUACUUCUGCCGAGCUAGAGCCCGUCUUUAGUGGUGAUGAGGCUGAUGUUGACGGUGAAGGAAGAUCAGGCCGGCACCGCUCACGUACACACACGGUUCACUCUCGCGAUUUCGAGAGCGGAGUGCAGAACGACCAAGGCUCGGACAAGUCGAAAAGACGCCACAGGAAGUCGAAGAAGUCCAAACGCUCAAAGAAAGACAAGGAAAAGAGCAAAGAUAAUGGGAAAGAAAAGGAGACGAUAGAAACUCUGACCAAAGAGAACUCUCUGUCGACCGCAGAUUCCGUGCAACCACAAGUGGGUUUUGCUGCAGAAAUCCAAGAAAUUCCCUCUGACGCUAUCGCUAAACGGCCAUUCAACAUUCGAAAUAUUUCCGAAGCCGUCAAGCCAGCUUUCAGCUCUGCCAACUUCCCCCAUCAUGAGGCCACUGGAAGACCGCUUGCAAUUCCGAUCCGUCCUCAGUCGCAGCCACGAGCCUCCUCUCACCAAGUACGCCGGACUGCUUCAAUGCCGGACAUCUUACGUCCUACUGUUCCUCACCAUGGAUUGGCCCUUUCUGUCUCUGCACCUCCGCAACCUGACACAUCCACGGUGCAAGCUACAACUGAGGUACAGACAGAUGCUGUUGUUGAGCCCCAAACUCAUUUAUCGAAAACUUCGGCAGUUGUUCUGCUAUUGUGCUCCACAGGCCUCGUUGCGUUGUGUGCCGAGUUCUUGGUCGGCAGCAUCGACUACCUGAUCGCCAACAGUGGUGUCAGUCAGGCUUUCAUUGGCUUGAUCAUUCUGCCCAUCGUUGGAAACGCUGCAGAGCACGUCACGGCUGUCACUGUCGCUGCCAAAAACAAAAUGGAUUUGGCCAUCAACAUCGCUCUCGGGAGCAGCAUUCAGAUCGCACUAUUUGUUACUCCGUUGAUGGUCAUACUCGGAUGGAUCAUCAAGACGGACAUGAGUCUAUACUUCAGCCUUUUCGAGACCGUCAGUCUGUUUGCUAGCGCCUUCAUCGUCAGCUUCCUGAUGAUCGAUGGACGUAGCAACUAUCUUGAAGGAGCGCUACUCAUUGCAGCGUAUGUCAUCAUCGCUGUCGCAGCAUUCUUCUACCCCACCUGCGAUCUGAGCUCCGCCAGCGGGCCGCUUGAUGGGCCUAAUCCAGUCUGCUAA